UUGAAGCUUCUUCCCAUUUGGAUUUGUAUUCAUCACGUUCAUGUUGCAAAACUUGAAGCUUGUUUUCGAUUUCCACUUGUUGAUUUGAAUCUAAUGAUGAUAAAAAAUCCACAUUCUCAACACCAUGUUGCUGUUUUUGAUCAUUGUCAUUGGCCAUUUCAAGUAAAUUUGUCAAACGUAGGAUUUCAUUUUGUGCUUUUUCCAAAGAAGAUUGAAGAUCAGUUGCUUUUUCUUGGUGAGACAAAGUUGUUGUGUUGGCUUCAGAGAGUUGUUGUUUCAGCUUGUUAUGUUCUUGUUCCAAUAAAAGUUGCUUUUCCACAGAAUCAUGUAAUUGUUGAUGCAUGGACUUUAUUUCUUCAUGUUUAUUCAUCUCCAUCUCUUCAUAUUUCUCUUUUAGUCUUUUCAAUUCUUGUUGUAAUUGGAUGGAUGAUUCUUUUCCCUCGUCCAGAUCAAGUAGUGUCUUGCUUUGUUGCUGUUCAUCAUUCUUGUCGUUUGUUAUUCCUUGCCAAGAUGAUGUUUGGAUUCGUGGUGAUGUGAUUGAAGAUGCACGAGCUGAUUGUGGAGGAGGUGGAGAGGCAAGUGGCGAAGUUCGAGCUGAAGCAGGAGACGUAGGUGACGUGACUGAAUGGGCGCGAAGAGAAAGAGGUUGUGCUUGUGAAGUAGAGUCAAUAAUACUGGGUCUAGUUGGAGGGGUCAUAUCAAUUGAUAUACUGUCAGAUCUAAUAUAGAAAGAAUAAGGAGAAUAA